AUGGGUAAUCAACAUCCUAAGAAAACAACACCAACUGUACUUACAAAUGAAGAGAUAAAUAUGCUCAAAGAAAAUACAGAAUUUACUGAAAAAGAAAUUCGAGAAUGGCAUGCGAAUUUCAUUCGUGAUUGUCCAACUGGUCGAAUCGAUAGGAAAAAAUUUAGUGAAUUCUAUAAACAAUUUUGUCCAGAUGGCAAAGUAGAGAGUUAUUGCAAACAUGCAUUUACUACAUUCGAUAAGAAUAAUGAUGGUGCAAUUGAUUUUGAAGAAUUUCUUUUAGCUAUUGCAGCUACAAGUCAAGGCUCUAUUGAUACUCGUCUUGCCUUUGCUUUUGAUGUAUAUGAUAUCUCUGAUGAUGGACUAAUCGAUGAAGCAGAAUUGACUACAAUAAUCUCAGCUAUGUUCGAUCUUGUUGGUGAAGCUGAUCGUAAAGGUACUGAUGAUCCGAAAAAACUUGCUGAAAACAUUAUAGAAAACCUUGACCUUGAUGGUGACAAGAAACUGAAUAAAGUAGAAUUUAUUAAUGGGUGUAAAAACGAUAAAUCUCUUCGCCGAUUACUUGUUCCUAAUAUUUAA